UUCAGCGGGCGGCUCCUGGUCAGCAAAGACGGCCGCGGCGUGGACCCUGAGGAGGCCCUGCAGAACAAGGUCGUGGGCUUGUACUUCUCGGCCGGCUGGUGCUCGCCGUGCCGCGACUUCACCCCCGUCCUCUGCGACUUCUACACGGAGCUGCUGGAGGAGACCCAGCCCCCCGCCCCCUUCGAGGUCGUCUUCAUCUCCUCCGAUCA